AGCUUUUUGAAUGUUUAAAUUGUAAUACUUUAGAUUUAAAUUUCAGCAUUCACAACCCAUGAUUUGCAUCAUUACCGCAUGUUUACAUCAUUCAGCUAGCCUUGAUUGUAAUUGUUCUAGUGAGAAAGACGUGCUUGAACUUGCCAUUUUAAUGAGAUCUCAGAACAUGUAAACACAUCAAAAAAAUUACACAACCCUGUCCCUAGACUAAAGAAGCUUCAAUUAAACAAAAAAAAACAUUACAAAUGAUCAGCAAAGGGAAUAUAAUUACCUUGUAUUGUUAGGCAAGAGGUUUCAAUGAAUAAAAAUAACAGGUUGACGCUCCCCAACGGGUUCAACACAAAUUGUUAGCGCGUUAAUUGUCCUGCUGCUCUGCGUCACCGAGCAUAAUAGCACAAAGGAUGUGGAAGUCUCCUGAUGGCUCCAUUCAAGGCCAGUGCGGUUUCAUUUUUUGGAUUCGACCACGUCCGCUCGCAAUGACAUUGACCUAUUUUUGAGAAGUAACUGACGAAAUAGCCAACAAACAAAUGGCGCGCAAUAAAAUACAGUUCUAGCUUUCGGGUUAAUCAUAUCGCCACAUUGUGGAAGGGUGGAAGUCAGGCCACAUCCAUCCAUCUAAUUCAUCCGUCCAUCUAUCCAUCCAUCCGCCCGCCCGUCCGUCCAUAUAGAUACUUUGGCAUAGUAUUUCCCGACAAACCUCGUGAAAUUAAAUAUGUCUCGAUUGAAGAACGAUGGAUAGGCCCGUCCAUACGGUUAUAUGGAUAUGUUCUCCCCGGGCCCGCGUGGGUUUCCCCUUGGUGCUCCGGUUUCCUCCCAUAUUCUUAUUAAUAUUUGUGACAUCAGUCAACGUUUGUUCACAUCAAUGUUCCUAAAUGUGCUUCUUGCUGCGAUGGGUUAGCUUCUUAGCAAUUUUCAUACCAAGACGGCUUUAUGUAAGCCUUGGCCACUCUUUCGAUUAAGUCCAAAACUGCUCCUUCCGAGAAAUGGGGAUGAUCCAGAUCAAGCGUAUUCCCUUCGGCGCCUAUGUGUGUCAGGCCACACAUUUCCGUUGAGAUGACCAAUUAUUUUUUUCUCUGUUUGUCUGUGAGGUUUUUUUUUUGUUUUUUUUAACGGACACUCCAGGCAAAUGAGAUCUCCAAGGACAUUUGAGGCUAUAAAUAUUGUCAUGCAGGCCUUUAAGAGUUGUGUGCCAUACCCUUGCUCAGGUGAGCAUGCUUUAGGAGCUGCUCAAGGUUCUCGUGGUGCAUUUCAAAGCAGGUGUGUUUCUCUGCCUGCUUUGGUCCUGGCCUGGGUGGAAUGGACCUGUGCGUGACCAUCAAAGGCGUCUCCUUCCUCUUGCAAACAGGAAUGGGCAUCUUGGGGAACACCGUGGUGCUGCUGGCCUACGCCAGUAUCCUCUACAGCGAGCGCAAACUCCUUCCCGUGGACAUGAUCCUGUGCCACCUGGCCUUUGCCAACCUGAUGAUCCUGACCAUCCGCUGCAUUCCCCAGACCAUGACGGUCUUCGGCCUCACCGAUCUGCUGGACGACUCCCACUGCAAGGUGGUCAUUUACGGCUACCGCAUCGGCCGGGCGUUGUCCAUCUGCAUCACGUGCAUGCUCAGCGUGUUCCAGGCGGUCACCAUCGCCCCCGCCGGGUCAAGCUUGUCCAGGCUCAAGUCUUUCCUUCCUGCCCUGGUGCUCCCCACCGUCGCCGGGCUGUGGUUGCUCAACAUGAUCAUAUACGUUCCAGCCCUUCUCUUUUCCACGGCUCCACGCAAUAGCACCGCCCGUACCUUCACGCUCAACCUGGGCUUCUGCUUCAUGGACUUCAGAGACAGCAUGCUCUACAUCAUCCAAGGGGUUAUUGUCUCCGGAAGGGAUUUUUCCGUGGUGGCCCUGAUGUUGGUGUCCAGCUGUUACAUCUUGCUCCUUCUCCACCGUCACAGCUACCAGAUGAGAGGCCUCCGUCGCCCCCAUCCGGCAAAGACCAGGGCGGCCAAAACGGUGGUCACCCUGGUGGUCCUGUACGUCUUCUUCUUCGGCGUGGAUAACGUGAUCUGGAUCUACAUGCUGACCGAGGCCAAGGUGUCCCUCAUGGUGGCGGACUUGAGGGUAUUUUGCUCCUCCUGCUAUGCGUUUCUCAGCCCUUACUUCAUCAUUUCUUCCAACAAGAAGGUCAAGAACAAAAUUGUGUGUCAGGCUGAGCAGGACCAGCCAGCAUCAAUGGACACUCAGGAGUUGAAAUGAAGUCUUGAGCAAAAUUGUUUUCCUAGACCUUCUGUCAGUGAGCUGAACUAUCAAUAUUACCUUUACAAAAUGUCUUCAAAACAUUGUCUAUGUAUUUGUUUGUCACUGCACUUUGUAGACUGGUCAAUAAAAAUAAAAUGAACUUGUGAAUUUAUCCAGUAAGUCUUUGUCACAAUGAUGAACCAACUUGAUGUGAAGCUCUAAAAGAAAAUGUUUGCUGAAUGAAAUCAGAUGUAUAUUUCCAAGAAUAAAGUACAAUAAAACCAAAUCCACCUUGAACCUUCUUGCUUGCGUCAUGGAAACUGCAGCCCUCCCAAGUGUUGAUUUAGGAAGCCCAAGGA